CGAGCUUGAACACAGUUCUGGAACAGCAUGUUCACACCUAUUAAUGAUCAAGUGCAAUUCAUCCAUUCAUGUGUGAGCACACACACACACACACACCACGCUGCAGUCCUGGACUCAGACCAGACUUCACCUCAGACUCUGCACCACUUUCUGAUCCACAUCAGCAUGAUGUUGGUAUAAAACCAGGGUUAUUUUGUUGAUCCGGAUCCAUCGCUGUCACACUUCUCUCACACUUCACUCUCCGGACAAACCUGCGCUGGUCAUGCCGGGGUGUGUGGCUCUGCUGGCCGUGCUCGCUGUCCUCUCAGCCGGGCUCAGGAGCCCCGUGGCCGGCGUGGCGGCGGAGAUGCUCCAGGGCUCCGGCUUGAGCGGCGGCGCCGUGGCCGCGGCGCGGAGCUCCGAGGACGGGGACAGCGCAGCGGGACGAGCCGGCUGCCCUUCCCGCUGUCGGUGCGAGGUGGACGGGCUGCUGCACCGGGUGGACUGCGCGGACCUGGGUCUCCGGGAGAUACCGAGCAACCUGAGCGUGUUCACGUCUUACCUUGAUCUGAGUAUGAAUAAUCUGACGACGUUGUCCAGCGGAGGUUUGUCGAACCUGCACUUUCUGGAGGAGCUGCGUUUGGCGGGAAACGAUCUGUCGCUCAUCCCCCGGGGGGCGUUCAGUGGCCUCUACAACCUCAAAGUGCUAAUGCUCCAGAACAACCAGCUGAGGUCUGUCCCUGCUGAGGCGUUCAAGGACCUGCACAACCUGCAGUCACUACGUCUCGAUGCCAACCACAUCUCCGGCGUUCCCGCCGGCUGCUUCUCCGGCCUGCGUUUGCUCCGUCACCUGUGGCUGGACGACAACGCCCUGACGGCGGUGCCCGUGGAGGCGCUGCGCGACCUGCCGGCGCUGCAGGCCAUGACCCUCGCCCUCAACCUCAUCAGCCACGUCCCAGACCACGCCUUCAGCAAGCUGGGCCGCCUGGUGGUGCUGCAUCUCAACAACAAUAGGAUCGUUUCCAUGGGAACGAGCUGCUUCCACGGACUCCACAGUUUGGAGACGCUGGAUUUGAACUACAACAGCCUGGUGGAGUUUCCCACAUCCAUCCGCUCACUCAGUCACCUCAAAGAGCUUGGUUUCCAUAGCAACAACAUCCAGUCCAUCCCGGAGCACGCCUUCACUGGGAACCCGUCACUCAUCACCAUAUUCUUCUACGACAAUCCGAUCCAGUCUGUCGGACGCUCGGCGUUCCAGAACCUGCCGGAGCUUCGCACGCUGUCUCUGAACGGAGCUGCAGAUCUCACCGAGUUUCCAGAUCUGACAGGAACCAAAAGCCUGGAGAGUUUGACCAUCACAGGAGCUCGUAUCAAGUCUCUUCCCUCUUCAGUGUGUGAGCAGCUCCCAAACCUACAGCUGCUGGACCUCUCCUAUAAUCACAUCCAGACUCUUCCCAGCUUCUCCGGGUGUGAAAACAUCCAGAAAAUAGAUCUGCACCAUAAUGAGAUAGAGGAGCUGCAGGAGAACACCUUCCACGGUCUGACGUCACUGUGUUCUCUCGAUUUGUCUUGGAACAGCCUGUCGUCAGUGAAGCCCAACUCUUUCUCGGCUCUGCCCGCUCUGACCAAACUCGAUCUGACGUCCAAUCAGCUGUCGUCUCUGCCUCUGAUUGGUCUGCAGAGUCUAACUCACCUGCGAUUGGCCGGAAAUGAUCAGCUGAUGGAGUUAAUGCCUCGAGAGGACCUGCCGCGAGUCAGGGUGAUGGAGCUACCUUACGCCUUCCAGUGCUGUGCCUUCAUCUCCUGUGAGAGGAGAGGAGGAGGAGGAGGAGGUGGAGGUGGAGGUUUGUCCUGGGAGAGGGACGAGACGGCCGACUUCACUGGGAGAGACAGCGCUGACGUCUCCAGACAAGUGGAUCAGGACUGGGACGAUUUCCUCAUGGACUUUGACGAAGAACCGAAACCUCAACACUCGGUCCACUGCAGCCCUGCACCAGGUCCGUUCCGUCCCUGUCUCCACCUGCUCGGCAGCUGGUUGAUCCGCGUGGGGGUUUGGCUCGUCGCCACGCUCUCGCUCGUAAGCAACAGCCUCGUCGUGCUGUCUGUCUUCUGUUCCCCGGCCACGUUGGUCACGCCCCCCAAGCUGCUGAUUGGCCUGCUGGCCCUGGUGAACGGCCUGAUGGGAGUGUGGAGUGGCUGGUUGGCGGCGGUGGACGCCUGGACGUUCGGCAGCUUCUGGAGGUUCGGGGCAAAGUGGGAGAGCAGCUUCCUGUGUCGGCUCAGCGGCUUCCUGUGCGUGUUUGCGUCGCAGACCGGCCUCUUCCUGCUCACCGUGGCCGUUCUGGAACGAUGCCUGGCCGCUAACGUGCGACGCAGCAAGACUCUUGAACACAGAGGUUGCUGCUCGUCUCCGAUCUCCCUCCGCCUCUCCAUCUUCCUGUGCUUCCUGCUGGGUGUGGCCGUGACGCUGCCCCCCCUGGUGGCCACACACAGUAGCAGCUCCCUCUGCCUGCCGCUGCCUUCCCCCUCCUCCUCCUCCUCCCUGGCCUUCUCCGUCUCGCUCGUGCUCCUCGACUCCCUCUGUUUCCUCGUCAUGACACUCGCCUACACGCGUCUCUACUGCCGCGCCGACAAAGCCCCGCCUCCCUCGGAGGAGGAGGCGGCGCUGACGCGACAUGUCGCCUGGCUGCUCUUCUCCGACUGCCUCCUCUACCUCCCGGUGGCCUUCCUAUCCUCCUCCUCUCUGCUGCGCCUCCCUGCCGCCGGACCAGAGGCGGCGAAGGGGAUGUUGCUGCUCGUGGCGCCGCUGCCGUCCUGCGUCAACCCGCUUCUCUACCUCCUGUUCAACCCGCUCGCCAGGGAGGAGCUGGCAGCGCUGGCCAAACGCACCUGUGGGGCUGUGCCGAGGAAACACUGGGGAGGAGGAAGAAGACCGGUGUCCAUGACGAUGGAUUCGACGUACGACGAGGACGCAGAGAAGCAAUCGUGUGACUCCACUCAGGCGCUGGUGGCACUCGGAGGCACAAAGGGCGAGGAGGAGAGAGGAAGAAUAAUGAGCGAGAGGCGACACUCAGUGGCGCUUGUUCCACAUUAUUAGACUCACACACACACACACUGAUAUGACUGAGUGGCAGCACAUGUAGCAAAGGACGGUGAAAGAAAAACAAACGCCAUGAACGCAGCGCGAGUUUCACUCUCUCUCCCUCUGUCUUCUUUUUUUGUGUUUGUUUGUUUUUAAAGUCGAGCAGAAGUUGAUCAGAAACAAGCUCCGCUCUCCAUCGUUUGACUCUGAUUGGAUUACACGUCGGAGGACACACCCACUCGCGCGUGCGAUGGUUGCAAACUUACACAAACUUCAGUAUGACAAACGUGAGAGGACGCAAAUAUUCUGAGUCGUCAAAUUUCCCAAUUUACCAUCGUUCUGGAAAUUCUAGCUGUCGGUCACACUGAACUAAGCUUUAGCGUGAGCAUUAGCGAGAAGUAGCUGGUAGCCCAAGUAAUAAACGCAAACAAUUAGUGACCACAAUCCCACGAGAAUGCGAUUAAACGUAAAUGUUUCGUGACCACAGUCACGCAAGAAAUACGAUUAAACGUAAAUGUUUCGUGACCACAGUCACGCAAGAAAUGCGAUUAAACGUAAAUGUUUCGUGACCACAGUCACCUAAGAAAUGCGAUUAAAUGUAAAUGUUUCGUGACCACAGUCACGCAAGAAAUGGGAUUAAACGUAAAUGUUUCGUGACCACAGUCACGCAAGAAAUGCGAUUAAAUGUAAAUGUUUCGUGACCACAGUCACGCAAGAAAUGGGAUUAAACGUAAAUGUUUCGUGACCACAGUCACGCAAGAAUUGCGAUUAAACGUAAAUGUUCCGUGACCAAAGUCACAAAAGCAACGCGAAUAAAAGUAAAUGUGACGCGAGUACGACAACGACGACUUACGAACACGACUUGAAACAUUUUUUUCUGUUCAGUGUGACUGCACCUUCAGAUAUUCCCGUGGCUUUUAUUUUGAAAUAUUUCAUGCUUUGCAGUGUUGCGUUACUAACCGUGCGACCAAAUGUUGCAGCUGUUGACUGUGUGUGUGUGUGUGUGUGUGUGUUUGCGAGCGUGUGUGAAAAGUGAGGUGCCCGUGUGAGUUUCGUCACCGAGCCUCGAACCGAAACAGGAACCAGACUCUUACCGUAUGUUCAGAAACACAACAGAUCCUUCACUUAUUUAUUUUCUCGUUAGUGAAGUAAAAAAAGGUUUCUACAAGGUCAUUUAAAAAUAAAUAAAUAAAUAGAGAAAUCGGAUCAAACGGACUCACACCUCUGUGAGUGUGUAGUGUGUUGUAAUAACUGUGACAAUCAUGUGUAGACUGUGAGAAAUGCCUUUGAAAACAAUGUUUGUGAUGUUUGUAUAUAUUCUCUGUUUGAUGAUGAGGACGGAGCCCGGGAAGUUUUUCCUCUCUUGGAACGUUUUAAACGUCUGCAUGAGUCUGAAAAAGUGCUGCAUGAACUUCGUUCACAUCCAAAAAACUGUGUUUGUGAGACUUUAGCACAAACACGAUGGACGUUUCAGCUGGAGCGCCCCCCUGGAGUUUGUAAUUACAAGUCAUCAAAACUCCUUCAGACGGUGCGCUCCAUUUACACUGGAUAUUUGGAGCUGGAAGAGAAGUUAUCUCUGAGUUGACCGCGUUCCAGUUGAGAAGAUAACGCGGUUCUACUUGGUAUUUUUGCGUAAACAAAUGUCGUAGCAACAUCGUAGCAACAUCUAAAAAAAAAAAGAAGAAGAGUACUUGAAACAAAAAUGACGGAAGUGCAGUCAUCUUGGAAUCUGGACUUUUCGCAUUGUAAAUCCGACUUUAGGCGUUCCAAUUGAGUAUUCCGACGAGGAACUCGGAAAUUCUGAUUCCUGCCUUAAGUUUGAAAUUCAAGAUGGCUGCUCUGAGUGUAAAAGUGUAAUUUUUACAGGUUUUGUUUAAGCAUUUUUGUGUCAUUUGGCUCUUUUUCAAUGACCCAUGUCUUUUUAGGGAUUUUUCAAAAACUUUCAAGGGCCUUGAAUUUUUUUCAAAUUCCCAAACUUUCAAGGAUUUCAAGGAAGCUUCCCAUGGGUCAUCAAAAUCCUUUUAAGUUUGUACAUUUUAAUUUUUUUUUUACAAGCCCUUAAAGGUAGCUCCCCAAUGGUCCUUCAUAAUCCUUGAAAGUUUGUGAAUUUGGGGGGAAAAAAUCAAGGUCCUUGAGUAGACAUUGGCCAUUGAAAGUGCUGGAAAGAAGUUCCUCGUCAGAGCAGGUACUAACAAAAAACCCACCGCGCUAGAACUCUAUUCUGGAAAAGUGCCUAAACGAUAUGUUGCUACACAGUUAUUUUAUGUGUAAAAUACCAAAGUAACGCGUUCAUCAAAUGGAGCAGAUUAACCUGGAGGCGACUGGAAAACACCAGGGACCCAAGUUCCACGUUCAAGGAUUCAUCCACAUCUCAUGGUUUUCUUCUGACACGUGACCAAAUACUAUGUUGGAUCCUCCAUGAAAAGAGCACAUGUAUUAUUUUGGACUUCUAAAAACAUGGUACAUGGACCGGACUCUGACACCGACUGUGUGACAGUUUUAACUGCUGCAAUUCUCUGUGACCAGCACUUAAAAAUCAUAAAAACAAAAACAUAAGCUUUUAUUUUUUAAUAUUGUUCAUCUUCAUUUCUGUUGUAAGCUUUUGUUAUUGUAGUUUGUAAAAAAAAACAAAGUGGAUGUAACUGCA